AUGAAUGAUAUACAUAAUUUAACACCAUACGAUUAUAGUAAUAAUAAUACUACUAAUACUAAUACUACUAAUCAAGAUUUAUCAAAUUUACCAAUAAAACGAAGUCGAUUAGAUCAUCAGCAUCAUCAGCAUCAUCAACAUUCAACAGAAUUCAUUCAUGAAACAGUGGAAACCGCUUUGAUCAGACCGGAAAAUGAUAGUCACGAUAGUCACAAUAACAAUAAUGAUAAAGACAAAAUGGAAAUAUAUGAUACCGGAAUUAAAUUCACUUCUAGUCAUGAAUGUCAACAUCAAGAAUCAGAUAAAACAUUAUUAUCAUCAGCCAUGUCAUCGUCAUCGACAACAAUAACAACACAACAAACACUAACGAAUACAAAUGUUAAUCAUCAUAAAUGUAAUUCAUACUUGACUAAUGAAAAUAAUCAUCAUCAUCAUCAUUUGGAUGAAUAUCAACAACAAACAAAUAGAAUAGAUAAUGAGCAAGAUACACAAGUUCAACUUCAAUUGAAUAAUCAUGAUUCAGAUGAUGUCACUACUGAAAUCGAUGGUAGUAAUGGUAAAUUAACAUUAUGGCAAUUUUUAUUAGAAUUAUUAUUAUCAAAUAAAUAUGAACAUAUUAUAAGAUGGACAAAUAAACGUGGUGAAUUUAUUCUGGUACAAGCUGAAAUUGUUGCAAAACUAUGGGGUAUGCGUAAAGAUAAAAAUCAUCGUAUGAAUUAUGAUAAAUUAAGUCGUGCAUUACGUUAUUAUUAUCAAAAAAAUAUUAUACGUAAAGUUCACGGGAGGAAAUUUGUAUAUCAAUUUAUAGGAUUAAAACAUUUAAUUAAAUUUUGUUGUACAUCAUUAAAUUCUACACCAAUGACAACAUCAGUGACAUCAUCAUCAUCAUCAUCAUCGAUAAUAACACCGACAAUAGUCACUUCAACAUUAUCUACAAAUAAAUUACAACAGACAUUGACACCAUUGAACACUUUGCCGGUACAUUCAAAAAUGGACGAUACUAACUUACCAGUAACAUCUUCAUUAUAUCAUGCUAGUAAAUUAAAUGAACUAUACAAUCAUCAUCAUCAACAACAACGCCAAGAUUGGUUUCAUACACCUCAUAAUACUACUACUAAAUUUUAUGAAACUCAACAAGAUUGUAAAUAUCCUCCUACUACUACUAGUAAUAUUACUAACACUAUUUCAAAUAUCAUUACUAAUGCAAAUAACUGUACUUUGACAUCAACACAUUCUGAAAACUCUUCAAAUUUAAACUGUUUACCUAAUAAUAAAUCAAUAUAUUCUCCGAGUAAUUUGGAUAUAACAACAAUUUCAACAUUUAUCAAUUCAUAUUUAAAUAAGAAAAACUUUCUAACUGAUAAUACUGUGACAAAUAAUAAUAAUGAUAAUCAUAAUAACAGUCAAAGUAAUAAUACUCUUCCAAAUCAUUCUACUGGUGAAUCAACAAUAUCAACUUUGUCUGAUCAACAUCAAAUUAAGACUACACAUAAUGAAAUGAAUGAUUUUAGUGAUAUUCUUUCUUCUUGGACUUCGCUUAUAACACAACAAAGUAAUUAUUUGAAUAAUUUUCGAUUAAUGGAAUUUUUUAAACAAUUCGGUUUAUCGAAUCUAUUAUUCAAUCAUCAAUAUAUUGAUGAACAAUUUAAUGUUGAUCAAGAAAAACAAACAUAUUCAAUAGAUUCAUGUUAUAGAAGAAUAGGACAAAAUGAUUCAUUGGUAAAUAAAGAGAAAAUUAUUGAAAAUGGCACAGACAAUAAUAAUCCAUUUAUGACUAGUCACAAUAUUGAUCAUUGUUCAAUGAAUUUACGCGCCAAUUAUUAUUCAAAUUUACUGAAUCAUUAUAAUUCAGAAUUAAGCAAAAUUGAUGAUUUCAUUACAACACCGUGUGAAAAAGAUAAUAAUCCACCAAUGAAUUUUACUAUGACAAAUUUAAAAGAAUCUGAAAAUUUUUUAUUAACACAAUAUGUUAAUCAAAUUAUUGACAGACCUCGAUCACCAUGUUGUCAAUGUAGUUGUCAUAGUCAAGCUACAACAUUAGAAGAACAAAUGAAUUAUCCUCUCAUGCAAAAUAUACAACAUCAAAUUAAUUCAUCUUAUUUGAAAGAUAAUACUAAUCAUAAUCAUAUCACGGAAAAGUUAAAAGAUUGCUCAAAUAAACAUAUAAUCAAUGGAAAUUUUGAUGAAUUACCAACUAAAUUACAUAAUGAACGUCAUUCUAUUAAUAUGAAACGUUUAGGUGAACAGUUGACACGUUUAAAUCGUUUAAAUUCAAUCGGGAAUUAUUCAAAUCAUCAUUUCAUGUUUACAAAUAAAUAUUCUUUAAUAAAUAAUAAUGAUAAUAAUUUGAAAAAAUCAAAUCUUAUGAAAGAUGAACAUACUACUAAUUAUAAUAAAGAUAGUAGUAAUCUUAAUAAUAACAAUAACAAUAAUAGUAAUAGUAAGGAUGAUUAUUAUUCUGAUAGUGAGUAUAAGAUACCAUUGACCAAAAAUUCAAUGUUAUAUGAUUCACAAAAAAUACCGCUGGAUUUAAAUUCUUCCAUAAUGAACACUACUUACAACAGUAAUCAAUCGGAUCAUGUGAAUAUAUCAUCUUUACCGACCUUAUCAAUGUCAGAGAAUAAAUGUGUAUGGAUGCCGGUACCUGUGACAAUGUUAAAUUCAUGGUUUAAUUUAUUGUCGAAUAUAAAACAUCCCAAAGAGGAUAAUUCAACAAAUCAACAAGUAAAUUUUACAACAUCACCUUCUUUCUCCACCUCCUCUUUCCCAUCGUCAUCAAUGUCGUCGGCUUCUUUAUCAUCAUCAUCAUCCUCAUCAGCAUCAUCAUCAGUGAGUAACAAUUAGACUGUUGUAAAAUGUUUCUACAAGUUUAACAACGAUGGCAUGAAGCAUACACAUAUAAUCAUUUCAUUAGCAGCAUUUAUAUUUCAUUUGAAAUUUAUAAAAAAU